CUGAAGCGCUGCUGCCAGCCAUUGGCUCUUCACUCAUCGAACAAAAGCAGACACGACUCUCUGUCUGACAAGUGUCGUUGUGCGAGGAGGUGCAACCGACUCGCUGUCCGUCUGCCACGAGAUCCACCCCGCCAGUAGAUGUGACGGAGUGGAUUGCGUGUCAGAAGCAGAAGGAAUCACUCCCACCUUCUCACUCACGCGACAGACACCCACAGCACAGCACCUGUCAACUCAACAGGAGCUAAAGGUACACUUCAGCGAUUACACAAAGCAGAAAGAAGGCACCUUCCCCACGACCCACAGUCUGGUUCACGCGCCUUCGACGCCCCGCCAUCCGCCACGCACAAACCUGAGUCUCUCCUUCCCGGGCGGAAGGGCGUUUGAGGGCACUGGCUCGGCGGCUGGCGGUGGCUGUGGGCUGCCCGUCUCCUGGCUGAGUCUCUCGAGGUAGGUGCGGCGGCGGUCGACGGCCAGCUCCCGCGCCUUGUCGAAGCCAUGCACUUCAGCUGACAAACAUGAUAGACAGGCAGUCAGAGGCAGGGAAUGGGCAAUGUGGGAGAGAGAGAGUGGGGCACCUGGUGAGUUCUGUCCUUACCGCAGAAUGCGCGUGUGCAUGGCCUUCCGUUCUCGCGGUACCAGGUGACCCACGAUGAGAGUUUCUCGUCCCACGUGACCCCGUCAAUGCCGCUGUCGUAGUGGGGCUUCGACCCCAGACGGCCGUCUUGCUGCACAGACACACACAUACACAGAGAGAGAGAGGGGGGGAGAGUGGCGCCUGGCCGGGUGUGUGUAGGUGUGGUGACCUUGAGUUGAGUGUAAAACAUGAAUGCCUCUCGCUUGGCGGCCUCGACGCCGUAUUUCUUGACGGGGAACGGCUUGGCCUGGAGCUUCUCGUGCUCGUACCAGUACACUUCCCACGCCUCGUUCAGAUCCUCCCAUCUGCACACGUCAGACACACAGACAAGACACACGGCCACACAGACACACGGCACUAUGGUGCGAGUGUGUGAAUGUGUGUGGCGCCAUGCGUGCAGACAGACGUACGUGACGUUAGGGUUGCUGCUGUCGUAGUAGUCGUUGCGGAGGGUGAUCUCCUUGGGAUGCGGGUGGUGCACCGGAUGCUUCCUGCACUCAACACAACACAACACCACACCACACCACACACGUCAGCCAUUCCAUUCCCCCCUCUCCUCUUUCCCUCCGUCCCUCAGUUCCCCCUCUCACACCUGUUGUAUCGCCUGAAUCUGUUGCCAAUCCCCCAGUUGAAGACCCUCUGGUGGUGCGUGUCCAUGUCCCCCCGAAACACCUCCCGCAGCGGCGGUGGGUCCCCCUCCCGCCGCUCCCGCUGGUCAUAGUUGGGCCGCACGUCGGGCGGCGGCGGGUGGCGCAGGUACAGCCAGUGCUUCCCGCGGGGCAUCUCGAACCCCUCGCGCAUGUAGAACUCCCUGUCCCGCUCGGGCAGCCCAUCUGUUCUGGUGAGGGCCUUCUGGUGCUCAGGGUCUUCCUCUUUCGCUGUGGGUGUGGGCGGGGAGUCGUUGAGGUAUUUCUUGACGGCCUCUGCUGCCUCGUCUGUCCGGUCUCCGUCGUCGUAACCCCUCCUAACGAUGCCGCGCGACAGCUUGUUGAUGGCCUUCCUGGCUCUUGUGUGGACGCUGCGGCGCGGCACACACGGCCAUGGCAAGGCUGCAUUCGUGCUGCCGCUGGUGGGAGGGGAAGAGUGAUGCGGCGCGGGUGCUGCACCACAGAGGACGGGGCAGAGGCGGGGUGUGAGGCAAGAUGACAGCCGUGACGUAAUGUGGCAGAUCCGGCCCAUUUUCUCCAUUUGCCGUGAAGAUUCAAGAGAAAAAGGGCCACUUGUCGGGCAGGGUAUG